AACGGCGGCGGCGGGACCUGAGGAGAGGACGGGCUGGCCAUGGCUGAGGGGAGCCCCAGGCCCGGCUCAGAGGACAUGGCUGAGGGGAGCCCCUGCCCCGAUCCGCAGGACAUGGCUGAGGGGAGCCCCAGGCCCGGCUCAGAAGACAUGGCUGAGGGGAGCCCCAGACCCGGCUCAGAGGACAUGGCUGAGGGGAGCCCCAGCCCCGGCUCACAGGAUUCCAGCGCCGAGCUGGCCAUGGCUGAGGGGAGCCCCAGCCCCGGCUCGCAGGAUUCCGGUGCUGGGUUGUCCGUGGCCAUGGGGAGCCCCAAGCCCAGCUCGCAGGACAUCUCCCACGUGCUGGCUAGAGCCUUUGGGGACCUGUACACCAGAGAUGUUUUUGGGGUGGACAUGGGCACAACUGGGAUCGAGUCACAAGAAGGAGACAGUGUUGAUCAUGAGGGCUUCACAGAUGAGCUGGAGCAGCUCCUUGCUGAGUAUAAGAGCCGACUGACAGAAGCUGACAAAGCAGAAAAGAAGAUUGUUCAGGCCCAGAUCCAAGCGAAAGCUGAAGAUGAAAGGAUCCUAAACCAGAUGAAGGCAGAGGCAGGGGAAGAUUUCCACAAAAUGGGACUUCCACCAGUGGCAUCCUCUUUUAGGCGGAUUUUGGAUAAUGAACUUCUCAGAAAAAAUAAUUUAAUCUGCCCUGAUGAUUACAUCACUGAGAAAUUGCCUCUUACUAAAGCACCAAAAGGAAAAUCAGAACCUGGAUACUUGAAAGAGACAUUUAUUUGUAAGCAGCGUGUCCCUUUUCCACUGGAUCACGUUGUGUACUUGUCUCCUGGCGGGACAAGUAUGUCUUCAACUCUGCCCUCAACUCCAGAUUCCACCCACCACGCUACAAAAAUAAGUAAGAAAACUAAAACCUCACGGAAACCAGCCUGGAAAGAGAGUAAGUUCCAAGCAGAGGGAGUAAGUGAGGACCUGACCAGACUUGAGAAAGGGCAGAAUUACUUGAAGAACCCACGCUUUUUCCCAUUAAAUACUCUUCAUGGAGGCAAAUCCCUGGUCAUUUCUCAAGAAAAAGUGGACCAAAUCAUAGCCACAAGAAAAGCAGAAGAUGCCAAAGGUGAUACGUCAUUUGUUCCCGUGUUUCUUGCCAAUCCACCUACUGUUCUGUUUUCCUAUGAUGAAGUUGGGCUGGCCUAUGAGGUGACCAUAGAGCUACAGAACAUCACUUCAACAAGUCAGUAUAUGAGACUUAUCCCCCCCUCUACUUCAGCAUUUUUCAUUUUGCCAGGAAAAUUCCCAGGAAAGGGUGGAAUGAUUGCUCCUGGGAUGGCAUGCCAGUAUACAGUCCAAUUUAUUCCUAAAUAUCUGGGAGAUUUUGAAGAUCAUAUAUUAGUGGAAACUCAAUCAUCAGAACCUCUUCUGAUCCCAAUCCAAGCUAAAGUAUCACUUCCAGUAUUAACAUUGCCUCACAUUAUAGAUUGUGGUCCCUGCCUUGUUGGAGGAAUAAAAGCAACAUCAAUUCUGUGCAGAAAUGAGGGCGUUAGGACUGGGAAGUUCUCUAUAAUGCCAAAGAAAGCCUGGCCACCUCCUAAUCCUGGGGCCAUUGCCACUCUUGAUUUUGUGAUACAAGAUCCUUUUGGGAUCCAGCCUGCUGUUUUUGAGCUGAUUCCAGGGCAGAGUGAAACAGUAGAGGUCCUGUUUUUCCCUUCUUUACCAGAGGCUUCACAGCAAACAUACACCCUUUUGUGUGACAAUUGUCCAGUCAAUGAUGUGACAGUUACAGGGGUUGGAGAGCUGAUUGCUCUGGACCUUCUGUUCGUCACGGGUGGAGAAAGCAAACCUGAGCUGGGUGAAGUUACUGAUGUGACAGCACAACAUCUCAUCCGGUUCGACCGCCAAAACCCACACAGCAGCCAGGAGAAGAGCUUGGUUAUAAGGAAUUCCACCCCUGUAGAACUUCCCUUCUUCUGGCAGAUAAGAAAGCCUAAUCUGAAACCAUUAAUACCAGAAGGAACUGCAGACUUUACGAAGGUCGAAGACAAUCAAGACACAGGGUCAGCCUUCUCCCUAAAUCCUGAGCAGGGAGUUUUGCUUCCCUGUGCAGAUCAUGAGUUUAUCCUCACUUACACUCCACAGGAGCUGCAGAGUUACCACAGUGUGAUUCAGAUGGUACUGAGGGACAUCCCAGAAUCACCUCGUUUAGAAAAUGAGGGGAUGCUUCAAAACAUCCCAGAAUGCGAAGUAGAGGAUGUAAUAGGACUGGAAAUAGAAGUUAAAGGAUCAACAGAACCAUUUCAUUUUCUUCUGGAACCAUAUGCCAUUAUUAUCCCUGGAGAAAACUUCAUUGGUGUAAAUUUCAGAAAAACAUUUAAGCUGUGGAACAACAGCAAAUCACUGAUCAAGUACACGUGGGACAAAAUCACGACCUCUGAGAUCAUGGAAGUUUUUCCUCCUACUGGUGUCAUAGACAUAAAUAGUUUCUGUGAAUUUGAACUGGCAAUUACUGGAAGCAAACCUGGUGUCAUCAGCCAUAACCUGCAGUGUAACAUUGAGCCAUGCCCAGAGCCAGUUGUGCUGCAUGUUGAGGCUGCUUUUAAGGGUCCACUUCUUUGUAUUGAUAUUCCAUCACUCCGGUUUGGUUUGACUAAGCAGGGUAAGAAUGUGUUAAAAACCUUCGAGAUUAAAAAUAUGUGUCAAGUGCCAGCACAGUGGAGGAUGCAAGAAAGCCAGGUUUGUCUAGCAGAAAGGAAUGAAGAGAUAUCUCCCUUUACCAUCCAACCAUCAGCUGGAGAAAUACCUCCUUUGGGUGUAUGCACAGUGUCAGUUCAGUUCACAUCACUGCGGUGCCAACGUCUCCAGACAGUAUUGGAACUAGAGGUAGAAAAUGGAGAAGGAAGUUAUCUUCCUGUUUUUGUUGAAGUUCAGACCCCCCAAGCGUGCCUGAUAUCUAGUCGUCUAGUAUUCCCUGAAAUUUAUACUGGAGUUCCUGUCAAAGCAACCAGUAAACUUUUUAACCAGACACUGCUGCCAGCAAAAUACUUAUGGGGAAAGCCCAUUGGAAGCCAGGCAGUCUCCUGCUCUGUCACUGUCUCCCCAGCCAGUGGCACCUUGGGCCCAAAUGAGGAAAAAGAAUUCUGCAUAGAGCUGUCAGCCAGCAUCGUGGGUGAGCUGAAAGACCUCGCCCUUUCCUGUAGCAUAAAAGACAUGGUUGAACCCCUUUUUCUGAGCAUUUCUGGAGAAGUGAAGGGACUACAGGUCUUCUACUCAGUACCUUGUGACAGUGGAGUUGCCAGUGAUGAAAGACAAAUGUCACAAAGCCCAUGUGACCUUCUUUUGGACUUUGGGUCUGAAGUUGCAUUCAGAGAUGUAGUAAAGCGUCAGCUGAUUCUUACCAAUCCCACUGGAAUCAGUGCUCCAUUCACACUGGAAGUUGAGUAUUUUAUUGCCUCUUUACCAGCUCCAGAACAAGGAACCUGCCUCUCCUCAAGCUACCUGGUGAAAAGAAGAGGGCCUGUCACAAAACAUGCAGCCAGAAAAGCACAGUCAGAGUUUGAAGCAGCAGUGCUGUCUCAGGGGAAGGGAGUAGCUUUCCAUAUACAACCUUCCACGGGAACUCUGGGAGCCUUCCAGCAGCUCAGCAUAGAAAUAGCAGCUUACAACAACAUGUGGGGAGAGUACCAGGACAAUCUUGUCUGUAAGGUGGGAGACUUACAACCUAAAUUAAUUCCUAUGCAAAUGACUGUGAAAGACUGUCCUAUCUUCCUGCAGAUGACAGGACCACAAACAGAGUCACCCAUUAUCAGGUUUGGCACUCAUGUCUCGGGAGGGUCUCCUGUCCUUCGGAGGGUCCGGCUCAACAACCCCACUCCCUUCGACAUCCGCCUGGACUUGGAAGUUUACAACCAAGAGGAAGAUGACGAAAAGCUGGUGGACCUGUUGAUGCUCUUUGAAGACCCUUUUCCACCUCAGGACAUGGAUGGAAAUGAGGCUGCAUCAAGUGGUAGCACCUCAGAGUCAGAGGUCGUGUUAAAGUUGGAUCAAACUGCCAUUCCCCGUGGAAGCAUUUGUCCAGCUUCCCAAACCACGGAUGAGCCUCCAAGCUCUGACAGCAAAGAGAAGGAAAUCAGCAGUCAGGAGCCUGCAACAGAGAAAAUUGUCUCUGUACUUCUGCGACCUCAUGAAGGGGUUCCUGCAGACACCCCCUACUCCAUUACUCCAGGACAGAUAGUGGUUCCAGGAGGUGGCAGCAGCGACGUUCACAUCUCCUUCACCCCUCUCGUCCUCCCCGAGACCGCGGCUGAGGUGCGGUGUGAGGGGCUGCUGCUGGGCUUCAUGAGCCUGGACGACAAGCUUGCAAGGACGGUGCCUAACAAGGUGCAUCGCGGGCAGGGCUAUGAAGCUCCAACGUUACGAGUGGACUUGGAAGGUUUCCUGAGGCAUCCUCUGUUAAAAGUAGAGAUGGGUCACGACAGAGGAAUGGUGUUUUAUUCAGUGGCAAGUGAUCUCCUUCCUGCUAAGCCUCUGUUAGGAGUUUUGACAGAUUCGGUGAUGACUCAGAGUUUGAAACUCAUCAAUUGCACCAAGGUUCCUCUGUACUUCAGGCUCCUUCUGUCUAUGCCCUUCAGUGUGUCCAGCACAGAUCCCAAAAAGGGCACCAAAACAUCCUACAGCAAGAAGGAGGAAGGAGAACACCAACCGCAACAUGUACUUUAUCCACAGCAAAACAUGCUGGUGAAAGUGUCAUUCCACAUAACUCUGGAGUUACUUAGGUAUCAACACUUGCCAGAUACCCAGCUGCUUCCUGGAUCUGAAGUGCUCCAGCUGGAGAACGGAGAGAGAAAGCUGAAGUUUAAUCAAAAUCUGGUCAUUGAGCACAGUAACCACACUGCCCAGCUGGUCCCAGUGACUGCUUAUCUCAGUGUUCCAGUCCUGGAGCUCUCUUGCAACACAGUUGAUUUCCAGACCUGCUUUGUUGCACAGACCAAGACAGAACAUGUCUUCUUGUACAACAGGAGCGGCUGUAGAAGCUACUGGACUGCCUUGCUGGAAGAACAGGAAAGGCCCAACACCCUGGAAGUAUUUUCAGUCUUCCCAACUAAUGGCAUUUUGGAGGCACGUGAAGGGGAUGCACCUACCAGAGAGAUCUUGCAGAUCAGCUUUACUGCAAGGAGCAACAUUGACUAUGGAGCUCUCAUGACCAUUGCUGGAGUGCUGGGAGAGAAGCCUUGCAAGCUGCACCUCAGAGGACGAGGAAUGCAUAAGAGGAAUGAUGACGACCUUUAAUUUAAACAAGACAGUGUGGAACAAGUGUCAAGGACUGAAGCAGAGAACAGCCUUUUCAUCCACCACAGAACAGCUCCUGUAAAUCUGCAGAGCACGGGUAGGACAUUAAUUUCUUUUCCAAGACAGCUGCUGGUCUUCCAAGAUGAUAGUUAGUUGGAGAUUAGUUAAAAAGCUAAUUUUGGGCAGACUAUUGCAGAGGGACAGUGUUACCUUCAGGAAGCCUAAGCAAGUACCACAAAAAGACUUCCUUACCCACAGGCCAAGCCAAUGUCAUACGAUCCAUUUCGGAUGCCACCUGUAACAGCAGUGCACAAACAUUCUUACUGUCAUCAGGAGCAAAAGCAUUUCCAUCCCAGCUCUGGUUUCCAAACCCCUGAGGCAUCUGGCACAGCCAAAUGGGCAUUCCCUCAUCCUCCUGCCUGCCAGAGCAAGAGCCAGGCCAAGGAGCUGAUGGGGCUGAGGACUGACCAUGACCUGACAUGAGGCCAGAGAGGACUGGAGGGACCCUUCUGGAAGCUGCCUGAUAUGGAGGUGAUGGUAGAACUUAUACCCAGAAAACCAAGUUACUUCUCUAAGGAUAAACUCAGCCAGUCAAGGUUAUAAAAGUAUUCAACUAACACCACACUGAAAAUUCCCAGCUGCACAAGACAUUGUCACUGUUCUCACUGCUCAGAGAGACUGGAGGACAGGAGGAAUGAGCACUUGGGGCGGGGCAGGCAUGGACUCUGAUCCCAGUGCCUACAACACCUACCAGCUAUAUUGAUAAUGGCCUGUAGACCUGAGGAGCACUGCCGGUUCACACUGGAGCACGGAACUGUCUCUGGAAUACCACUGGAAAACAAGACAGCAUUGGCAAAGACUCAGUGAUGAAAACCCCCAACAACCCAAAGCUCUAAAGGGAGCAUUAAACCACCUGAUUAAACUUCAACCCUCAAGUUUCCAAACUGACCCCUUUAUACAUUUGUUGACCUAUUUGGUCCUACACCAAGGGAAAGCAAAGUUCAAAGAUAACUUCCACACUUGAUUUGCAAGUGGCUCUGAGUGCUGUUUCCCCAUGAGUCUGUCUUCAGAAGGUCCUCUCUAAGCAGGACUCUCUCCUGGGCCUAGAUCCCAAGCUCUGAUCUGGGCCAGAAACCCUGAAAAGUUUUGCAAUAUUCCGAAUUAUUGGUGGGCUGUGCCAGCACCUGUCCAAAGUGGCGGUAAUGCACUGACUGACAGAAGCAAAAAACAGCAACAGACACUAGCUGAAAUAUUUGGAAUCUGGGAUCCAGCUCAGUAUUAGCUAUUGACCACCAACACUGGACAAUGACAGAAAGGUCUGAGCCCAUUCCAUGGCUUUGGGACCAGGCAGAGCAGAGAGAAGCGCAGCCUCCCAGUCUGGAGAAGCACCACGUGCAGCUGGGAGCCCACAAAACAAGAUCUCCCAUUCAGAGGCAGCACAAACAGAUUAAACAGCCUCACCUCUGCCUCCCCAUCCCUUUGCCAUAAGUGUUCUCCAAACACUCGACCAAAGUCUAGUUUCUAGGCAAAAGGUGGACUGGUGUAAUUCCUGGGAGUGCAUGAGCCCCACCACAACCUCUAAUCCCUGCUCUGCAGCCAAAGCCGGGGGGCAGAGGGAGAACCUCAGCCUGGUUGGGAGUUUACCUCAGAAACUGUGCAACUCUUGCAAUCAAGGCACCAGCUCCAGGCUGCAGCACGUUCCCUGAGUGCAAAGAUACAAUUCCAGUCAAUGGGUUACAUUCCCCUUGCAGGCAUCAAAGGGAUGUUCCCAUCACCCCAGCUCAGCACCACCCAGCACCCAGAUCCCCCUACCACGGACAGGACAGGCGUGAAAUGGGAACACUGCCUUCCUAAACCCAACGCUGCACACUAACCCCUCCCAACCCCAUGAGUAUCCCACGGAACACCAGGAGCAGCGUGUCCCACAGAGCCACCCGGACCAGGAGGUUCUCACUCACCCACACAGAUGUCUCCCAGGGCCUCAGGACGGAGGUUGACAUCCUGGAGGACAGCUGUCAUCACGGCAGCCAGCAGCUCGUCGGGUGUCGUGUCCUGAGAGCACAAGGGAUCAGUGCCACCAGCAAACACCAGUCACAGCCCUGCCACCAGUUCACCCCCAGACCACUCCAGAGGGCUAAGGCAGUUUUACUCUUCUUCUCAGCUUACACUGGUUGUUGUUUUCCUGCUGCAACAGAGUUACUCUGUCUUCACCCCAAGUGUCUUUCAAGCAAUUGAACACACACUCUGCUUUCUCACCUGACCUCCGUAUUUAUAGGAAUGCACUGUAUUGGGCCUUCAAAAUCAAACAACUACAGUGAGUUAUGUGACAAGAUUCAGAAAACUGAGCCCCUUGACUUAUUUCGUGAAAGAAUUUAUUUUGUAGCCCCUCAGCUGAUGGGAAGCACCGCCGGCAUGACGGGACCCGUUUUGAAGGAUGACAAGGAACGUGCAUCCUUCGGGGCCAUCCUGGCACCACGUUCUCGCUGAGGGCUCUGUGGCCGCGGGUUCCAGAAGGGUGGCAGGUCCGAGGAGGUGAGGGACACGCUGCUUUUCCAAGGGGAUGCUCCGCGUGCCAGGGCGGGUGACAGCGGAGACUGGGGCUGGUCCAAGGGGGACCCCUCGGGACACUGCCCCGCUCUUCUGGGGGACGCCACCGGCCCUGGACCACCCACCCCGAGCAUUAAAACCAUCGCAAAACGUUCUUUUUUUACACUUUUUCAGCGUAGAGCAGCUCCUGGGCGGCAGCUGGGCGUCCAGCGCCCAGGUAUGGGAGGAAGGGGAUCCCAGCACCUGUGAGGG